AUGUGGAUCGUCUGCGUAUCCCCUGGCAGCCUCCUUCUUGCGCAGCCAGAUGCUGCUGCUGUUGCUGCUGCUGCUGUUGCUGCUGCUACUGCAGAAACAAGUCCAGCAGCAGAACUUGCUGCUGCAGCAGCAGCAGCACAACACCAGCUGCAGCAGCUGCAGCAGCUCAGGUGUACAUACACCGCAGCACUUUGGGCUCACCAGGCCCUCCGCCUCUGUGCUGGUUUGGAUGUAGGGGGGGGUCCUGUUGCUUCAGCAGCAGCAGCAACAGCUGCUGCUGCUGCUGCUGCUGCUGCUGAGGAGAAACAGGGGGGCGGCAGGUCGCCAAGGAGCAGCAGCAGCAGCACGCUAAACCAGCAGCAGCAGCAGCAGCAGCAGCAGGAGGAGGAGCAGGUGUGGGCAGGUGGCUUGAAACCCUACGCGCUGCCGUUGCUGCUGCAGGAGAGAAGCAAGCAGCUGCAGCAGCUGCAGCAGCUGCAGCAGCAAACAGCAGCAGCAACAGUACCUCUACCAGAGCCAAAUAAAAAAGAAACAACAUUGCUGUUCAAGCAGCUGCAGCAAGCGGCGCAGCAGCUGCAGCUGAAAAAGCAGCAGCAGCAGCAGCAGCAGCAGCAACAGCAACAGCAGCAGCAGCAGCAGCAGCAGCAGCAGCAGCAGCAAGCGGCACUGUUUGAACAGGUGCCUAUUGAGCCUCAGGCAUUCACAGAAACUGCUGCUGCUGCUGCUGCUGCUGCUGCUGCUGAGGAGGAGGAGGCGGAGGAGUUGCAGCAGCAGCAGCAGCAGCAGGUAGAUACAGUGCAGCAGCCGCAGCAGCACAUUCUGCUGCAGCAGCAGCACCGCAGUGAUGAGGCUGCAGCACAACACGGCCUUCAAACACAACACGACAAACAGCAGCAGCAGCAGCAGCAGCAGCAACAGCAGCAGCAGCAGCAGCAUGAACAUCAGCAGGCAGCGAAUGGAUACGUUCAGCAGCAGCAAGUGCAACGGCAAGAAAAGCCUCCAGCAUCUGACGAGAAGCAGCAGCAGCAGCAGCAGCAGCAGCAGCAACAGCAGCAGCAGCAGCAGCAGCAGCAGCAGCAGGUUAACAACAACGCUCACGCCCAGUGGGCAGCAAGCUCUCCGCAGGCGGCAGAGCAGCAGCAGCAGCAGCAGCUGCAGCAACAACUGCAGCAACAGCUGCAGCAACAGCUGCAGCAACAGCUAAGGCAACAGCAACAGCUGCAGCAACUGCAGCAGCAGCAGCUGCAGCAGCAGCAGCACGAAGAGGAGAAACCGGUGGCCCAUCCGCAGGAUGCAUCCCCUGCUGUGCAGCAGCAGCAGCAGCGCCAGCAGCAGCAGCAGCAGCAGCAGCAAGGGGAUGCAGCUGACAGCUGUGCUGCUGCUGCCUCAGCAGAGGCUUCGGGGGACAGUGAGGAGCGGCAGCAACGGGAGCAGCAGGAGCAGCAGCAGCUGCAGCAGCAGAUGCAGCUGCUGCAGCAGCAGCAGCACCUGCGGCAGCUGCAGCAACAGCAGCAGCAGCAGCUGCAGCAGCUGCAGCAACAGCAGCAGCAAUUGCAGCAGCAGCAGCAGCAGCAGCAGCAAUUGCAGCAGCAGCAGCAGCAAUUGCAGCAGCAGCAGCAGCAGCAGCGACAGCAGCAGCAGCUGCAGCAGCAGCGGCAGCAGCAGCAGCAGCAGCAGCAGAACCAACAGGAAGCUCAUACUUCAGUUCACACCGCUGCGUCGCGCAGCACCCCCCGCGCAGCAGAGCAGCAGCAGCAGCAGCAUCAGCCGCAGCAGCAGCAGCAGCAGGAUCAGCAGCAGCAGCAGCAGGAGCAGCAACAGCAGCAGCAGCAGCAGCAGCAGCAGCAUGCUAGUACUCUGUAUGCAUCUCCUGCUUUUUGUGGCUAUUCUUACGGCGAUGAGCAGCAGCAGUUUCUGCUGCAGUCUGCUGCACCUGAUCCGCAGCAGCAGCUGCUGCUGCAGCACCUGCUGUCGCAGCAGCAGCACCAAGCUUUAGAUCCACAGCAGCAGCUGCUGCUGCAGCACCUGCUGUCGCAGCAGCAGCAGCAGCAGCUGCUUGAACACCAACCCCACCACCAUCAACGAGUUGCUGCAGCAGACCUGCAGCAGCAGAUUGCGCAGCAGCAAUUCGCGCUGCAGCAGCAGCAGCAACAGCAGCAGCAGCAGCAGCAGCAGCACCUGCAGCAGCAAAAGCAGCUGGCACUCCAUCAACACCAGCACGCACACCUGCUGCAGCAGCACCAAACAGCAGCAGCAGCAGCAGCAGCAAGCGGGUCUGAUGGGCAUCAACCACAGGAACGCAGACAGCAGCAGCAGCAGCUGCAGCAGCAGCAGCAGCAGCAACAGCAGCUGCAGCAGGCCGCAGUCGCUCUACGCUACGCAUCAGGUGUAUCGCCUCAGGCAGCAGCAGCAGCAGCAGCUGCUGCUGCUGCAGCAACAGCAGCAGCAGGAGCAACAACAUCUCCUGCAGCAGCAGCAGGAUCAGCUGCGAGAGCCCCAUCAGCGGCAGCAGCAACAACCCCUGCAGCAGCAGCAGCAGCAGCUGCUGCAGCAGCAGCAGCAACCCCAGCAGCAGCAGCAGCAGCAGCAGCAGCAACCCCAGCAGCAGCAGGAAACAAGCGUGAGCUGCAGCAGAAGAGCUUGCCUGAUGGCAGCAGCAGCAGCAGCCCGCGUCGCCCCCUGAAAUCUGCUCGUCGGCGUCAGCAGCAAGAAGCAGCAGCAUCAGGUGAUGCUGCUGCAGCAGCAGCAGCAGCAGCAGCAGCAGAAGCAAGAGAGCAGCAAGCAGCAGCAGCACAGGAGCUGCGGGCCCCCGGCAUCUAUUUCAACUCAAGCGACGCCACAUGGAACGUACAGUGGAAAACUGAAGACAAUAAAAGAAGAAGAAAAGCUUUCAGGUUUGCUGCUGCUGCUGUUGCUGUUGCUGCUGCUGCUGUUGCUGUUUCUGUUGCUGCUGCUGCUGAUGAUGAUGAUGCUGCUGCUGCUGCUGCUGUUGCUGCUGCUGCUGAUGAUGAUGAUGAUGUUGCUGCUGCUGCUGUUGCUGCUGAUGAUGAUGAUGAUGCUGCUGCUGCUGCUGCUGCUGUUGCUGCUGUUGCUGUUGCUGCUGCUGCUGUUGCUGCUGCUGUUGCUGCUGCUGUCUUAACCUGCGCGAGACACGGCAUGGUGGCGGCGCGGCAGCUGGCGCUGGAGUUUCGGGAUGCUCUGAACCCGUCGCAGUACGAGCAGGAGAAGCGGCAGCAGCAGCAGCUGAAGCAGCAGCAGCAGCAGCAGAAGCAGCAGCAGAAACAGCAACAGAAACAACAACUCAUGCAUAAAACACACACCAAUAAAAUACACACACAUACACAACCUUCACGUUCUCCUGCUGCUGCUGCUGUUGCUGCUGCUGCUGCUGCUGCUGAAAAGGAACACCAUAUACUGCAGCAGCAACUGUGGCAGCAACAGCAGCAACAGCAGCAGCAGCAGCAGCAGCAGGGACAGCAGCAGCAGCAGCUGAUCAUAACCCCGCUGCAGCAGCAGCAUCAGCAACAGCUGUGGCAGCAGCAGCACCAGCAGCUUGUCAUGGGGGCGCAGCAGCAGCAGCAGCACCAGCAGCACCAGCAGCAGCAGCAACAGCAGCAGCAGCAGCAGCCGCAGCAGCAGCAGCAGCAGCAGCAGCAGCAGAUGCUGCUGCCGCAGGCUACCCUGUGGGGCCUCAACCAGCAGCAAGUAGUAGAUGCAGUGUAUCCAAGUGCUGCAGCAGCAACAGCAGCAGCAGCAGCAGCAGCAGCAGCAACAGCAACAACAACAGCAGCAACAUCAGCAGCAACCGAUCCAGCAGCUGCAGCAGCAGCAGCUGCUGCUGCUGCAGGAUGGCGCGUGCCGGCGGCUGCUAACCGAAGCAGCAGCAACAACAGCAGCAGCAACACCAACAGCAGCAACAACAGCAGCAGCAGCAGCAACAGCUCUGACAGCAACACCCCGUGGGAAUCUAGCAGCGGUUUGCCUGCAGCAGCAGCAGCAGCAGCAGCAGCAAGUGCUGCUGCUGCUGCUGCUGCUGCUGUUGCUCCUGCUGACAGCAGCAACUCUGCCGCAAACGCGGCACAGUCUUAUAGGCUGCAGGUGCAGCAGCAGCAGCAGCAGCAGCAGGAGCAGCAGCAGCAGCAGGAGCAGCAGUAG